AUGGCGCUGUUCCACGUCGCGCGCUACCCGGGCCCCGAGGCGGGCGCGGCGGCGGCCGGGGCGGGCGCGGACGGCCGGGCCCGCGCGCUGCUGGCGCGGCUGCAGAGCCGGGCGCGCGAGCGGGAGCGGCAGAAGCCGCCGCGGGAGCCGGCGCCGGCCGCGGCGGCGGCGGCGGCGGGGCGGCGGCGGCGCGGGGCGCGGGGCCGCGAGGGCGCCGGGGCGCCGGGGAGCCCGCGGGCGCCGCCGAGGAAGCGGCCGAGGGCGGACGGCGGGGGCGCGGGGGCCCCGGGGGCGGACCCGGACCCGGACCCGGGCCCGGCCCGCGCGGGGCCCACGCGCCGCCCGCCCCGUUUCUGCCGCGCGGAGAGCCGCGAGGAGGCGCCGGGGCCCGCGCCCGGCCCGGUGCUCGGAGGCUUCGGGCGGACCAGGGCGCCCAGGGUCCAGCCUUUCCUGCCGGCAUGGCUGGCCGAGCCCAGCUGCGUGGGGAAGAGCGUCACCGAAGGCCUGGUGCCUGUGGCGGACGUCCCCGAAGUGCACCCUGAGCUGCAGAAGAAGCUGCGGGCACAGGGCAUCUCAUCCUUCUUUCCAGUCCAGGCAGCGGUGAUCCCCGUGCUCCUGCAGACUGCAGCCGGCGGGUUUCUGGUGGGCAGGGGUGGCUACAGGCCCAGCGACCUCUGUGUUUCUGCCCCAACCGGCAGCGGGAAGACGCUGACCUUUGUUCUCCCCGUGGUGCAGGCCCUGCUGCCUCGUGCUGUGUGCCAGGUCCGCGCCCUGGUGGUGCUGCCGACCAAGGAGCUGGCCCAGCAGGUGAGCAAAGUCUUCAAUGUCUACACGGACGCCACCCCUCUGCGGGUUGCUCUGGUCACCGGGCAGAAGUCACUGGCCAGGGAGCAAGAGAGCCUCGUCCAGAAGACAGUGGACGGCUUCCGUUGCUUGGCUGACAUAGUGGUAGCCACGCCGGGCCGCCUGGUGGACCACAUCGACCAGACCCCAGGAUUCAGCCUCCAGCAGCUCCGCUUCUUGGUCAUCGACGAGGCCGACCGCAUGCUCGACAGCAUGCACCAGUCCUGGCUGCCACGGGUGGUAGCUGCAGCCUUCCCGAGUGCGGGUGCCGAGGACUCCCUGGCUCUGCUGCAGCGAAGGCAGACCCCGGUUGUGACUGCUGCCAGCUCCUGCUGCCCCCAGAUGCCCCUGCAGAAGCUGCUCUUCUCGGCCACGCUGACCCAGAACCCCGAGAAGCUGCAGCAGCUUGGCCUCUACCAGCCUCGGCUCUUCUCUGCUGCACUGGCAGGCAGUGCCCCCGGAGACACCGGGGACAAGGACUUGGGGGGGAAGUAUGCCUUCCCCACAGGGCUCACGCACCACUACGUGCCUUGUCGUCUCCGCUUCAAGCCGCUGAUCGUCUUGCAUCUGAUCUUGGAGAUGAACCUCUCAAGGGUCCUCUGCUUCACCAACUCGCGGGAGAACUCCCACAGGCUCUUCCUGCUCGCCCAGGCUUUCGGGGGUGUGACUGUGGCCGAGUUCUCUUCCCGCUACGGGCCUGGCCAGAGGAAGGCCAUCUUGAAGCAGUUUGAGCAGGGGAAGAUCCGGCUCCUCAUCAGCACAGACGCCGUGGCCCGUGGCAUCGACGUGCAAGGUGUGCAGCUGGUGGUGAACUAUGAUGCACCCCAGUAUUUGCGGACCUAUGUGCACCGGGUCGGACGGACGGCGCGCGCCGGGAAGAGCGGACAGGCCUUCACGCUGCUCCUCAAAGUGCAGGAGAGGCGGUUCCUCCGCAUGCUGGCAGAAGCUGGGGUGCCCGAGCUGGCGCGCCACGAGGUCCCCAGCCAGGACCUGCAGCCACUGGCCCCGCGCUACGAGGCGGCCCUGGCCCAGCUGGAGCAGGCUGUCAAGGAGGAGCGAGCUCAGAAGGCGGCCUAGAUGGGCUCAGAGGACAGGCGGCCAGAACGGAGCUGGCCCUUUGCACCCCAAGGGUGGCGCCUCCGUCUUCCCUUCAGGAAAGCCCUGCUUGCCGGGCGCUGGCCGAGGAGCCGGCCGCAGUCCCUCGGUUUCCUGAGGGGGCGGGGCCGCCAUCCAGGCUCCUGCCAGUCGGGGACAGGCGGGUCAGCCUCAAGCAGGACUGCGCUUUCUGUUCAGCACGACCCCAGGAUUGGUGGGUGUUUAGCCGCAGUGGGGUCAGCUGGAAUCCCCGGACCUCCCCGGUGCAUGUGAAGCGGGGGGGCGCCGGCUGGACCACAUGCUCCCUGUGUGCCCUCCGGGCGUGGUGUUGCAGACCCGAGACCCUGCUGUGGGUCCUGCCACCCCAGGGCAUCUUCAUGGGUGGUGACGUGGGCCUGGGGCCUCCACUGCUGACCUGACGAAGGCGCCUUCAGGGCUCACGUGAGGAUGUUAAAUAAAACACGUGCAGAACAGGCAGGCGCCGUGGCCCUUGCUUCCCCCCAACCCCCCGUCACCCGCCCAGCAGAGAAACGGAAGCUGCGGUGCCCCGUGGGGGCAUGGCCACCUGAGCAGAGGCGGUUGGUUGUCCG